AUGACGGGGCCCAAGGCCGCGGGAAUUAUUUUCGUCCUUCAUCUGACGCUGCUCCUCCACCUGGCGGUUAGCAAAAACGAGUACACGAAGCUGUUUGACCGAUGCGCACGCGAGAAGAACGCCUUCGACUGCCUGAAGCAGAGGGCCUUGGAGAUCCUGGACUCCGCCAUCACGGACAAUUCGGUGUACGUGCUGAACGACUACGUGACCAUUACCAGGGACCCCUCAUCUGGUGCCAGAGGCACCGAUAGGUCGCUCAAGGACGAGAAUGGAACGGAGUUAACCCUAGACCAGAAGCUGGACAACAAGUUUCACGAAUACGUUGCGUCUAGGAGCAUUCAACUCACCAUCCCUGGGGACACUUUCGAAGGUCGCAGGAAGAAGAACAAGGGUUACGGAGCGAUAAUGAUGGGAGCCCUGGCAGUGGGAGCAAUGAUGGCGCAGCUGGCUUAUGGCAAAAUCGCCUUCAUCGCGGGUACGGCGUUGCUGACUGCGAAGAUAGCCUUGGUCCUGAGCGCUAUCGUUGGUCUGAAGAAGCUGGUGUCCAGUCAAGGUGGUGGAGGUCACGAAGUGAUCUAUGCGACUGGCUCGGAGCACCAUGGAAGCUAUGGAGGCGGUGGAGGCGGCGGUGGAUACGGCGGAGGCUGGCAAAGGGCUAUGGAUGGUGUUUCACCCACUUGA